AUGGACUGGCUUACGGGUUCUGUUACCUCUCAACGAGGUGCUGGCGACUUGUCCAAUCUCCCAAUACGGCAGCUCGUGAAUCUAUUGUUGAAUCAACAACCUCAAGCUACAUACUCCAGUUUUCCGGUCCCUCAUUCAGCACAAUACCGCAAUAACGAGAAGCUCACGACCUCGGCUUCUGUCAGUGACAGCGAUGGCGAGCUCAUUAACCAGGGCAAAGCCGCCGACGAUGAUGAACUUGAGAUCAUCAAAAUUCAGCCAGUACCGAAGCCAGUACCGAAGCCUACGGCUGCAUUCGACGCAAGAGAUCCCGCACCCAUCGGACCGCUGGUUCUGGACCCAGGCUGCGACGUCGAGCUGCAAGACCACUCAUUCCUCACAAUAACGGAAACAUCCGCAGGACGACUCACAGGUCGUAGACUCUUGUUGCAAAACCACUACGAGCUUCUCAUGCCGGAGCGCUCUCACGAACUAGUGCAGCUAGUCGACAUUGACACGGAACUCGAUAGGAAGGCUACGCUAUGGGAAGUCCCGAUCGAUGCGGCCAUUAGAAACUGCAAGAUCAUCUACACCAACCAGCAAUACAACCAGCUGAACUAUGAUAAAGACGUUUCAUGUGGUACUUGUGAUGAAGACGGCAAGCACAUCUACUUCUGCCGUUACACCAGUGGGUAUACCAAUGUCGGGCUUGAUGGAGACAGGCCAUCAAGUCCCCCUAAAACUGGCAGAAUUGAGCAUCUGCGUUUCCAUCAAGUACAGAAUGGUACAUUGAUCACAAGAGCUGGACAGCAUAUUCAGCUCCGGAUCCCAGACGCAGAGGUCAGAAAGCAAUGGCGAGGAGAAGCAAAUUGCGUUCUUGGUGGCAGCCAUACUGAUCAAUACGACGGCGUGGAGACGAAGAUGUACACAUUCGCAGAUGCAUUUGCCGGCGCAGGCGGUACUUCUUGGGGCGCAUACACCGCUGAUCUCAAGAUGAAGUUUGCUUUUGACCUCGACCAACGGGCCAUCGACACGUACCGACACAACUUCGGUGACACAGGGAUGCAGGUCCUCCAUAUGGACGUGCACGACUUCGUCAAGCAAGCGGCAUCACCAGACAACGUCCUGGCAGACACAAGUCUGGUAGAUAUCCUACACAUGAGUCCACCGUGCCAACCCUUCUGUGGAGCCAACCGGACACCAAACUUGACAGAAAACGCAAGAAACCUUGAGGCGUUCGGCAGAGUCGCCGACUUGCUCGAGGUGUGCAAGCCUCGCAUCGCCACAUUGGAGGAGUCAAAGAGCAUCACUGAUGUGGAUAAGAGACAAUACUUCAAGCAGCUGAUAGGCUUCUUCAUCGAGAAAGGGUACAGUGUGCAAUGGAAGGUCUUGCACCUAGAGUGCUGGGGCGUGCCACAGACGAGGAAGCGACUGAUUGUCAUCGCAUCAGGACCCGGCGAGAAACUCCCAACCAUGGUCAAACCUACGCACGGUAGCGGGCCAGGACUAAAGCCACUGGCAGGGAUUUGGGAUGCAAUCGGAAACAUUCCUGACGACGCACUUCACCACGGCGAAAUGUUUUGGUUCCCGGAACCCAGGCUCCCAUAUGACGGCAAUGGACUGUGUCCUACCAUAAUGACGAAGCCGAAGUCCAAGCAAUACCACCCCAAUGGGCUUCGACGCUUCACCGUCCGCGAACUGGCGGCCUUGCAGACUUUUCCGCAUUCCUUCGAGUUCUUGGGCUCGAUACCCGAGAAACAGAAGCAGGUGGGAAACGCUGUUCCAACGGUGUUUUCCGAGAUCAUGUUCAGGGAUGUGAGGCACAAGUUGUGGGUAGCUGAUCUGGCCGAGCUGGCCGAGCUGAGGAAAGCAGCAGAGGCUCGAAAGGUUGCUAGGUAG